AUGCUAGCCGUGAGACGCUGUUCGAAUUCGUUAUUCUUUGUGGCCGUCGGUGUGUUGAUUGGCUUUGCCAUGUCGCUUUUUUGGCCGUCUGAAUUGGUGACGUUAGGUGCAUCACCGAGGCGGACAGCGGAUGGAUUUCGAGGCGACAGACGAGGUGGUUCACUGAAUAAAGCGGGUGAUCAUCACCAUGAUGCCCACUCGGAGUCUGAAGUUGACGAUUCAAAUGCACCGUUGUUGCCAAUGCAUUUCCAUGGGAAUUCUUCGGACCCGCAUGAAGGUGAAGAUUAUUUGGCCAAAUUAAUCGAGAAGAAAGUUCGUGUUUUGUGUUGGAUUUUAACAGGUAAACAGAAUCACGAUAAUCGUGCAAAGCAUGUGAAGGCAACCUGGAGUAAACGAUGUAAUAAAUAUAUAUUCAUGUCGUCUGAAGACGACCCAUCGUUGCCUGCAAUCAACUUGAACAUUUCUGAAGGACGAAAUCAUUUGUGGGCGAAAACGAAGAAGGCGUUUAAAUAUGUUCAUGACCAUUAUUUGGAUGAGUACGAUUGGUUUCUGAAAGCUGACGAUGACACAUAUGUUAUUGUGGAGAAUUUAAGGUAUAUGCUGUUGGCUCAUGAUCCAAGUGAACCGGUUUUCUUUGGUUGUAAGUUUAAACCGUUCACGAAACAAGGCUAUAUGAGUGGUGGUGCCGGCUACGUGCUAUCUCGUGAGGCUCUCAAAAAAUUUGUCGCCGAAGGCUUGCCGGAUAAACAGAAAUGUGCGCCUGGAGAAGGAGGUGCCGAGGAUGCUGAGAUGGGCAAAUGCCUCGAGAAAAUUGGCGUCAAAGCUGGUGAUUCCAGGGAUUCUGAAGGUCACCAUCGUUUCUUUCCAUUCGUUCCUGAACAUCACGUUCUACCGGGUCAUGUGGAUCCUUCGUUUUGGUUUUGGCAAUAUAUCUACUAUCCAAUGGAUCAAGGACCGAAUUGCUGUAGUGACUAUGCAAUAUCGUUUCAUUAUGUCAAUUCGAAUUUGAUGUAUGUCCUCGAAUACCUCAUUUAUCAUCUGAGACCGUUUGGUCGAAGUCGGAACAUAAACUUAUCGAUGGUCCCAGAUGAUGAUCUGAAAGCAGCGUAUCAGUUAGCAGUGGCGAAUAUGGGCGCAGAUGAUGUUUUCAAGAAGGGAGCGAAUCGCGGAAAUAACGAACCUCGUAACGAUACGAAACGGUCUGUGGAUGCUGUAAAGAACAAUAUUGAAGCAGCUCCAAUAAUGGCAAAUCCCCCGUUGGAGCCAAAGUGA